AUGUUUUCGCAAAGAAAAAGCAAGAGUGAUGGGAAAAGAAGCCUGGCAGGUGGGUCGGCAAAAUCGUCCGCGCGUCAGAGUACAGUGACGAGUUUCUUUGGGAAAAAACCUGGUUCCGGAAGACCAUUGGCAGGCAGCGCCGCCGGAUUAGCCGCCCAGCCCAGUGGGCGGAAACCAAGGCCCAAACCACUCUUUGAGUCUCAAGGGUCCUUCGACGAAGAUGACGAUGCAGGAGAAGCAGCCUUGUCCCGUUUGAUGCGCGAAACACCGUUACAGAAUUUCAAAACGCAUUUACAGAAAUCGGCCAAGAGUGGUGAACAGGUCGUGUCGUCAGCGAAAACGGUGCAAAGAAGCAUCAGUGGGGUUGGAAUCGCAGGUCUUAGGUCCCCAGAAGCAAACCCGGCCGUCAAAAGGUCUGCAGUAUCAGAAUUUUCGUUCUCGAUGCACAAAAAAUUGAAACCUUCACGGGCACAGUCUGUACAACCAAUUGUGAAGUCCAGAGGAACACCCGCGUUAGAACUGACACCAGAGCAACGUAACGUUAUUGAUCUUAUCGUGCAUCAGCGGAAAAACGUCUUUUACACUGGUUCUGCAGGAACAGGUAAAUCUGUGGUGUUGCGUGAGCUGGUAACGCAAUUGAGGGCUCGUUACGGUGAGGCUGGCGUUGCUAUCACGGCGUCUACUGGACUCGCAGCUGUGAAUAUAGGCGGGAUAACCGUCAAUCGGUUUUCAGGUAUAAACAUAGGUAUGGGCAGCGUUCAAAAAUUGGCUGCACAGGUCAACCGCAACAAGACUAAUAGUGAAAGGUGGAAAAGGACCAGUGUGCUGAUCGUCGAUGAAGUGUCGAUGAUUGAUGGCAGAUUUCUCGAUAAGAUGGACUACGAGGCCCGAGACGUGCGACGGAAUCCGACUAAACCCUUUGGUGGGAUCCAAGUGGUUCUUACCGGUGAUUUUUUCCAACUGCCUCCGGUCGCAGAUAGAGAUCCGCGCUCGGAAAGACCCACUUUUUGUUUCGAAAGUAAAGUUUGGAAACAAGCAAUCGAUAACACGAUCUGUUUAACGCAGGUGUUCCGACAAAAGGAUCCGGAGCUUGUUGAACUAUUGAAUGGUAUUAGAUUCGGCGAUGUGAGCCGCCAAUUUGUCCAGCAGAUCAAGACUUACGAGAGGGAAGUCGAGUAUGCAGAUGGUAUAAUGCCCACUGAACUAUACCCGACGCGACGUGAGGUUGACAUGGCGAACAAACGAAUGCUGGAUAGAUUGGCAGGCGAAGUCAAAAUCUUCCAAGCCCAAGAUCAAACCACCAGCGAUAAUCCGACUCUACUCAAGAUGUUAGACUCCCUGAUGGUAGAAAAGAAUCUCGCACUGAAAGAAGAUGCACAGGUUAUGAUGGUCAAGAACGUGGAUGAGACUUUGGUAAACGGUUCUGUUGGGAAACUUUUAUUCUUCACCACGGAACCACUUUACCUUAAGAUGCUGGAAUUGUAUCCCUCUACAAAGCUCACUGAUCCUGAUUUAGUUCUCGAUAUGAGACUACUGGGCAAGUGUAUUGGACUCGCUCCAACUAACUAUCCUGGUGGUGUUGAAACAGAGAUUACAAGAAUGCCGUAUAACAGAGCGGAAAAUCUGCGAUUGUUGCUGAAAAUUGCCGAGCGCGAAAGCAAAAAUUAUUCCUAUCCUCUCGUGCGUUUCACCACUCCUUCCAGCGGGUUCAGAUUCGAGCUCAUAUCACCUGCUGAAUUUACCGUUGAUGUUCCUGCUCAAAAGACAAGCGUGAGCCGGACGCAGCUGCCACUCAUACUAUGUUGGGCAUUGUCCAUUCACAAAGCUCAGGGCCAAACAAUCGACAGGCUCAAGGUUGAUCUCAAAAAAGUGUUCGAAGAAGGGCAAGUCUACGUGGCUCUGUCCAGGGCCGUAUGCAAGGAUCGACUACAAAUUGUCAACUUCGAUCCCAGGGCCAUCAAAGCAAACUCUAAAGUCAAAAGUUUCUACAAGACUUUGGAAACGGUGUCGAGUUCACUUGCGCCGCAUUUUGCGCCAACUUGA